AUGUCUCAUCACGAACCUUUCAAAGCACUCUGUCCGACGGAGUGGAAUGCCAUUCCUACAGACUCUCUACCGGCAACACUCCGCGACAUAUUCUCUCAUGCCCAAACUAUUGUCGACAGCAUCCCCCUUCCUCAGAACGUCGCCAAAGCCGCCCAUAAUGGCGCGGCCCAGCAAGGUCGGGCACGGUCAAAAACGGAGCCAUCGGGCGGCACCUCGGUUGCUCUCAAUCGGACUCUGUCCCCCAGUACUACCCUCGGGUGCGCUGAUACGGCCAAGAAGCUGCACAAGGAGUGGCGUGAGGUCAAAACGAAUCCGCGAGACAACCCGCUUGCGAUUAACGUCUACAAGCUAGGUGCCAAGGAUGGAAAGGGCACCUGGUUCGCCCGACGGAGCGUGCACGAGGGAGUCUCGUUUGACAAAUUCCGGCUCGGGUUGGAGAAGGAGUUCGGCGAGGGUCUGCGGGCCCGCGCGGCGAAACCUGAUGCUGGACCUGGCGCGGGCAACGUGAGGGGAAUCGGAGCCGAGAGGAGGGUGGAGCAGGAGAUCGUCGAGGGAGUGGGCAAGGCUGAAGUAUACCAUCUUUCUGCCCAGUUUCCGGGUCCGACAACCCCUCGCGACUUUGUCACCCUCCUUCUCACUACUGCUAGUGGUGGCAACGAAUCCAUCACGAGGAAAGAAAAGUCUGUGCCUCACGCCCCGAGACAGUUUGUGAUGGUAUCGAAGCCAUGCGUGCAUCCUGAAUGCCCACAACGCCAAGGUUUUAUACGGGGACAGUACGAGUCUGUUGAGAUAAUCAGAGAAAUUCCAAUCGAAGUCCCGCUGCGCAAAGUCAGAUCAUCCGUUGAUCUCAGCAGGGAGGAAGUUGAUGAGCUCAGUAAUGCCGAGAAGAAGGUUGCGGCUGGACGUGAGGCUCUGUUGAACACAGCGCAGAAGGCUGGUGCCGCCGCAGGAUCUGUCUCGGACGGUGAGACUGACGAAGAAUCAGAUGAUAGGUCAACACAUAGUGAUGUUGGCACCAUAAAGAAUGCCAGUGGUGGUAUUAGUGUCCGCCCUGAGACGGACAUGGCGGUGGAAUGGCUCAUGGUGACUCGCAGCGACCCGGGUGGUAGCGUGCCUCGGUUCAUGGUCGAGAAGGGCACUCCGGCUGGCAUUAUUAGUGACGCCGCGAAGCUGCUUGAUUGGCUUGCCAAGAAGACCCCCGAAGAACUGGAAAAGCUAGAUGAGGAGCCAGUUCAGCCACAAGCACAACCCGAAGCUGAGGUUGAGAGGUCGACUUCAACCUCGCAUACCACCGACUCCACCGCUGCGGCUGCAGGUGGCUCUGACAAGCCAGUUGACACCCCGACAAAUAAUCUCGUUCCUACUUCUGAAGCACAGGCGGAGGACGAGCCUCCGAUCCAGCCCGCAACUGGUCUCUAUGGCAUGAUUACCGGCGUUUUUGGAGUUGCUGGUUCUGUUAUAUCCUCGCGACUCAGUAACCCGUUAGGAGGGUCCAUCAGAGCUACCGACUCUGAACCAGACCUCGACGAUCAAUACCAUGAUGACAGUGACUCGGAGUCGGAUGCGAAUUCUUUCAAGUCUUUCAGUUCGGAUUCUCAGUCUCCACAGAAAGAUGAGGGAAACUCAGACGGUCUCUCCGGCUCGAUGGUGUCUAUGGACACGGAGGAUACCCUCAGAAAGGCGACGUCAAACUAUUCUCAGGAGUCACAGGGCUCUCAAAUACCAAAGAUUGCCUCACGCUCAGAGACUCAGAAUGAGAAAGAGCUCAGAAAGCUUCAUGACCGCCGCCGCCGAGUCCACGAGAAGAUUGCCAAGGUUCAGGAGCGAUCCUCUACAAAGCGUAACGGCGACAAGGAAAAGGACGAGCGUGAGAUGGCAAAACUUAAGGAAAAGCACGAAAAGGAGCUCGCAAGGCAAGAGGAGAAGUACCAGCGCGAGCUGAGAAAGAUCGAGGAGCGGCGCCAGCACGAAGAGAGGAAGGCAGAGCAGCGCAGGAAGAAGCAGGUCGAGCGGGAGGAGAAGGCCAACCUGGCCCUUGAGCUCGAUCGCGUCAAGACGGAGAGGGACGUCGCCCGCAAGCAGAUUGAUAUUCUCAAGGAUCAAAUUGGGGAGCUCCAGUCGCAGAACACAAUGUUGGUAGCGACUCUGGGUAAGCAUGGCCUGUUGAAGGGCGGCGGCAACGAUGCGUGGAGGGAUCUGCAGGGGAUGGGCAAUGCGGCUACUGUGGCAGAGGCAUGA